UCUCCCCCACAGUCUGUUGCCUUCCUCCACCUUCUGACAAACCUAAGCGGUUGAAAAGGUGUAACUACAGGAGCGAAUCCCAACAGGUUUGCAUCGCCAUCACCCCUAGAAGAAUUUCGCCAGCUCCCUUCUCUGCGCAGGAUGGCAUACCCUGGCCUCUUGGCCCCACUUUGCGAGCUAGCGUUGUUGAUUCCCGACCGUGGCUGGGAUGGGGGGAAACUGCCCGGUAAGACCGUGGAGCUCGCCGCCCGCGGAAACCUGCUUGGCAAUCUAACCCUCCGCACGAACGUUCCCGAUUAUCUUCGGUUCUUUCCGGCCUCUCGUGGCGCUUCGGGCGCCCUCGGCCUCCUAGUCACUCACUUCGGCUGUUUCCGCGUUCCGCGAGCAGCCGUAGUCCUAGCAACGCGCGGCGGCGCCGGGGCCGAGAGAGGUUUCAGCCCUGACUAGGUCUGAGUUUCAUCAUGGCCCUCUAUUUUGACCACCGGAUAGAAGCCCCAGACUCGGCUGGAUCUCCUUCCCACAUCAGCUGGCACCCUGUCCAUCCAUUCCUGGCAGUGGCCUCUGUCGGCACAGCCUCAAGAGGCAGCGUGGAUAUAUACUUGGAGCAAGGUGAGCGUGUGCCCGACACGCAUGUGGAGAGGUCCUGCCGGCUCACUUCCCUGUGCUGGCACCAGAGCCGGCUGAUCCUGGCUGUUGGAUGGGAGAGCGGAGAGGUGAUCAUGUUCAAUAAGCAGGAGAAGGAGCAGCAUGCGGUCCCCCCAACGCACUCCGCUGACAUCACUGUCCUCAACUGGAGCACCAACGGGAACUGCCUCCUGUCGGGGGACAGGCUUGGUGUCCUGCUCGUAUGGAGGUUGGAUCAAAGGGGCCGAGUACAAGGGACACCCCUGCUGAAACAUGAAUACGGAAGACACCUGACUCACUGCAUCUUCCGGCUCCCCCCACCUGGCGAGGACCUCGUUCAGUUGGCAAAGGCAGCUGUGAGCGGAGACGAGAAAGCCCUGGACAUGUUUAACUGGAGGAAAAGUGGCUUUGGAAGUUUCUUGAAAAUGGGAUCUCAAGAGGGACUGUCAUUCUUUGUCAGCUUGAUGGAUGGGACAGUGCACUACGUGGACGAGAAAGGCAGGACCACUCAGUUGGCGUCCACAGACAGCUCCAUCCAAACACUCUUCUACCUCGAGAAGAGGGAGGCGCUGGUGGUGGUCACGGAGAACCUGCUGCUGUCCCUGUACUCGGUGACACCUGAGGGCAAAGCAGAAGAAGUGAUGAAGGUAAAGCUGAGUGGGAAAACGGGUCACCAGGCAGACAUCGCUUUGAUUGAAGGCAGCCUUCUGGUGACCGCCAUCGGGGAGGCAGCCCUCAGAUUCUGGGAUUUAGAAGGAGGAGAGAAUUACGUGCUGAGUCCAGAGGAGAAGUUCGGCUUUGAAAAAGGAGAGAAUAUAAACUGUGUUUCUUACUGUAAAAGCAAAGGUCUUCUGGCAGCGGGCACUGAUAAAGGGCGAGUAGCCAUGUGGAAGAAAGUGCCAGGCCCCCAUAGCAUCCGGGGAGUGGAGGGCAAAGACAUGUGGACCCUUCAGACCCCUACUGAGCUCGAAGGGAACAUCACGCAGAUAAAGUGGGGCUCCAGGAAGAACCUCCUGGCGGUGAACAACACGAACGCCGUGGUGAUCCUCAGCGCGCAGGCCAUGUCCUCGCACUUCCACCAGCAGGCGGCCGCGGUGCAGCUUUGCCCCAGCUUACUCAACGUGUCCUUCCUCUCCACGGGGCUGACAUACAACCUGCGCACGGACAUGCACAUCAGCGGAGUGUUCAUCACCAAGGAUGCUGUCGCUGUCUGGAAUGGAAAGCAGGUGGUGGUCUUUGAGCCUUCUGGAGCCAUAUUGAGAAAUGCAGGGACCUUUCUGUGUGAGUCUCCAGUGUUAGCGAUGCACGAGGAAAACCUUUACACGGUGGAGCCAAAUCGAGUUCAAGUUCGAACCUGGCAGGGGACCGUGAAACAGCUCCUGCUCUUCUCUGAGACGGAGGGGAACCCAUGCUUCCUUGACAUCUGUGGAAAUUAUCUGGUCAUCGGGACAGACUUGGCCCACUUUAAAAGCUUCGAUCUUUCCCGAAGGGAGGCGAAGGUGCACUGCAGCUGCAAGAACCUGGCCGAGUUGGUCCCUGGUGUGGGCGGCAUUGUGUCGCUCAGAUGUAAUGCCAACGGCAACAAGAUCAGCAUCCACCCCAGCAAGGCUGACAGCAGCCCCGAUUCCAGAAUCUGUUUCUAUGACGUGGAAAUGGACACGGUGACCGUCUUUGACUUCAAGAUGGGACAGAUCGAUCAGAGAGAGGCAUUGUCCUUUCAUGGGCAGGAAACUACGAAGAGCUAUGCCUUCGGGGAUGGGACGCUGGCGCACCUUGUUCCCGUGAGCCACUUCUGGGAUCAGAGCGAGCCCAGGCUGUUCGUGUGCGAGGCCGUGCGGGAGGCAACGGGAGCCCAGCUGCAGCCCACGGACAGAAAGGCCCACGCCAAGGACAGCGCCGGCCCCACGGCGGACGCGUUGAUCCUGUCCUUCUUCAUCUCCGAAGAGCAUGGCUUCUUGCUCCAGGACAGCUUCUCACGGCCUCCCACCUACCAGUCUCUCCUGGGGAUGGAAGUGCCCCAUUAUUACUUCACAAAGAAGCCAGGAGAAGCAGACGGAGACAACUGGGUGGAUUCACAGCACAACCGCAUCCCCCAGAUGGUGGGCAGGAGGCCCCUGCGAGAUUUCGUGGGGCUGGAGGACUGCGACAAGGCCACCCGGAAUGCCAUGCUCAACUUCAGCUUCUUCAUCGCCGUCGGAGACAUGGACGAAGCUUUCAAAUCUAUCAAACUCAUCAAAAGUGAGGCUGUCUGGGAGAACAUGGCACGCAUGUGUGUGAAGACCCAGCGGCUGGACGUCGCCAAGGUGUGCUUGGGCAACAUGGGCCAUGCACGCGGAGCGCGAGCACUGCGGGAGGCGGAGCAGGAACCAGAGCUGGAGGCCCGCGUGGCUAUGCUGGCCAUACAGCUGGGCAUGCUGGAGGAGGCUGAGCAGCUGUACAAGAAAUGCCAGCGCUACGACCUUCUCAACAAGCUCUACCGGGCCUCCGGUCAGUGGCAAAAAGCCAUAGAAGUCGCCGAACACCAGGACCGCGUCCACCUGCGCACCACCUACUACAACUACGCCAAGCACCUGGAGGCCAGCGCUGACUGCAGCCUGGCCCUCAGCUACUACGAGAAGUCAGACACCCACCGCUUUGAGGUGCCCAGGAUGCUCUCGGAGGACCUGCAGUCCCUGGAGCUCUACAUCAAUAAGAUGAAGGACAAGACCCUGUGGAGGUGGUGGGCCCAGUACCUGGAAAGCCAGGCAGAGAUGGACGCCGCGCUGCGCUACUAUGAGCUGACACAAGACUACUUCUCCCUGGUCCGCAUUCACUGCUUCCAGGGCAACAUUCAGAAGGCUGCCGAAAUCGCCAACGAGACAGGAAACUGGGCUGCAUCCUAUCACCUGGCCCGGCAGUACGAGAGCCAGGAGGAGGUGAGGCAGGCAGUGCACUUCUACACGCGUGCCCAGGCCUUCAACAACGCCAUCCGCCUGUGCAAGGAGAAUGGCCUGGAUGACCAGCUCAUGAACUUGGCCCUGCUGAGCUCCCCCAAGGACAUGAUUGAGGUGGCAUGCUACUACGAGGAGAAGGGCGAGCAGAUGGACAGAGCGGUCAUGCUCUACCACAAGGCCGGCCACUUCUCCAAGGCCCUGGAGCUGGCUUUUGCCACCCAGCAGUUUGGGGCCCUGCAGCUCAUCGCAGAGGACCUGGAUGAGAAGUCAGACCCUGCCCUCCUGGCCCGCUGCUCGGACUUCUUCCUUGAGCACAACCAGUAUGAGAAGGCAGUGGAACUGCUGCUGGCUGCCAAGAAGUACCAGGAAGCCCUGCAGCUUUGCCUGGAGCAGAACAUGACCAUCACCGAGGAGAUGGCCGAAAAGAUGACCGUGUCCAAGGACUGCACGGACCUGUCAGAAGAGUCGCGGCGCGAGCUGCUGGAGCAGAUUGCCAACUGCUGCAUGCGCCAGGGCAACUACCACCUGGCGACCAAGAAGUACACGCAGGCCGGGAACAAGCUCAAGGCCAUGAGGGCGCUGCUCAAGUCUGGGGACACGGAGAAAAUUGUGUUCUUCGCGGGUGUCUCGAGGCAAAAGGAAAACUACAUCAUGGCGGCCAACUACCUCCAGUCCCUGGACUGGCGGAAGGAGCCGGAGACCAUGAAGACCAUCAUCAGCUUCUACACCAAGGGCCGGGCCUUGGACCUGCUGGCGAGUUUUUAUGACGCCUGUGCCCAGGUGGAGAUCAAUGAAUACCAGAACUACGACAAGGCCCACGGGGCGCUCACCGAGGCCUACAAGUGCUUGUCCAAGGCCAAGACCAAGAGCCCCCUGGACCAGGAGACCAAGCUGGCGCAGCUCCAGAGCAAGAUGACGCUGGUGAAGCGCUUCAUUCAGGCCCGCAGGACAUACGGCGAGGACCCCAAGGAGUCAGUCAAGCAGUGCGAGCUGCUCCUGGAGGAGCCAGACCUGGACAGCACGGUUCGCAUCGGGGACGUCUAUGGCUUCCUGGUGGAGCACUACCUGCAGAUGGAGGAGUUCCAGAUGGCCUACAAGUACCUGGAGGAGAUGCGGAGGCGGCUCCCCCCCGCCAAGCUGUCCUACUACGUGAACCAGCGGACUGUGGACGCCGUGCACCAGGGCCUGGGCAUCCCUCUGGCGUGCGUCGUGCCGGAGCGGAUCCACCACAGCAGCAUGGAGGACCCCAAGGAGGUGGACGAGGAGGUGAUGGAGGAGGUGGAGACCGACCCCUGAGGGGCUGCUGCUGCAACAGCUCUUCUGGAACUUCCUAGUUACCAAUUGCAGCACGAGCCUGUCUUUUUGAAAAGACUUUAGUGUUUGAGCACAGCUGGGGGCCCAGGGCACAGGCGGCCUGCUUAGCAGGGAGUGUGCAAUUUUAAGCAUCCCUUCCACGUCUCUGGUCCUUCAGAACUUUGGUUUAGCCCCUUUACUGUUGAGGAAAUUGGUUCUUUUUUUCCCAUGGCAUUCUCCAAGCUCAGAUUUUGAAGCCUAAGAAACUUCUAGAACUUUGCAGACUGACAUUAAUAUGUUCACUGUGCCUCCUCCCAGCACCCAAGAAGGCUGCCUGACAUGCAUCCAACAGUUUCCAGCAAGAUACACAGUACCUGACCCCAGGGCCAUCCUGAGCAGACACCAGAGCGGCCAGUGGUGGGUUCUCUGUCAGGCAGCCUGGCAACAGCUCCCACUGUGAGGGAGCAGCUGGCACCAUGACAUCUUGAGGAGAGGGGGACCCCGGGCUCCACCCACCGGCCACUGAAGCUCUCCUAAUAAAGUUUAUUUUCUCAGAGGCGUGCGUCCCCU